GAUUACACAUUAACGAUGUACUUCAGACAGCACUGGAAAGAUGAAAGAUUGUCGUACGAUCCUUGUCUUGGAAAUGUCUCCCUCAACGGCCGACUAGCAGACAGCAUCUGGGUACCGGAUACUUACUUCCCUAACGACAAGCGUUCGUUCGUUCAUGACGUCACAGUCACAAACAGAUUACUUCGAUUUCACUACGACGGUACCAUCACAUACGGCAUGAGGAUAACAACUGUUGCUUCGUGCUAUAUGGAUUUGGUACAUUACCCUAUGGAUGAACAGAACUGCUCUCUAGAAAUUGAAAGUUAUGGCUACACGACAGCAGAUGUCAACUUAGUAUGGAAGUAUGGCGACGAUUCACUUGAGGGAGUCAGCAAUAUCGAAAUGGCCCAAUUUACACUUAGCGAUUACAAACUUAUAGUCAAAAUGCAGAAUUUUUCAACAGGGGCACACUCGUCUCCUCACGUGGAGAGGUAUGAUGAGGUAGAGAGAAACCCACGUACAAGAAGAAGUUCGUAUCCUCGUCUAGCUUUAACGUUUAGAAUCAAGAGAAAUGUGGGAUUCUUCUUCCUUCAGACAUAUCUUCCAUCAAUCUUACUCGUCAUGUUAUCAUGGGUGUCUUUCUGGAUCAAUCAUGAAGCAACAUCAGCAAGAGUUUCAUUAGGAAUAACUACGGUCCUGACGAUGACCACGAUCAGCACGGCAGUGAGGCAAUCGUUACCAAGAAUCUCCUAUGUCAAGUCCAUCGAUAUCUACGUCAUCACAUGCUAUUCCUUCGUGUUCGCCGCCCUGGUUGAGUACGCCAUCGUCAACUUCCACUAUUGGUCGGAACAGAAGAAGAAAGUAAAAGAGGCGCAUGGCAUCAAGAAUAACCCUUCGUCAAAUAGCAAUAAUAAGAAGCAGCCUGAGGUCAGAUAUGAUCAGUUACAGCAGUUCAACCCUCAGGUGGCGCUACGACUAUCUCAACUGGAUUCCGAAGAGGAUAACGUCGACGACGGCGAUAUGAAAAACAGCAUAGGUUUAGACGCCAUCAACGGUAACGACCGCUGUCAUCGCCGAACAUCACUGACAUACAGACCACAGCACAGAAGCACAACACAAAACAAUGCAAGAAACAGCACGUCAUACGGACCGCGUUACACGAACGUCAAUCCGAGCCUUACGCGGCGUCGGAAAAAGAAGCCGAAGAAGAUCCGAGUUUUGCCGAAGAUCCGAAAUGUAAAUACAGUAGACCGAGUGUCACGAAUCCUCUUCCCUUUUUUGUUUUUAGUUUUUAAUGUAUUAUAUUGGGUAGGGUAUCUUUAUGUAUUGCCUAAUAAGUCAAAACAUGAAUAGCCAUUCUAUAUACACUUAUUAUCAGCAUUAAAUAUUUAUCUCAAACUACAUAGAUUACAUUGUAUCUCCACGGCAUAGUUAUUGCGUAGAAAGAAUAAACUCGCAAUCCCUAAUUUUUCUACAUCUGAAUUACAUAUAGCAUAGCAUAUACAGAAUUUGCAAGCUAAUAGAAAUGUUAGAUAUUUUCUACAUCAUACUAUUCAUAAUUAUGAUAAAAGAAGGGAAAGCAAACGUUUUGGGCCUCUUCAAAAAUAAUAUUGUACACCAUUAGAUAUCUCUGAUCAUAUUGAACUCAGUUCUUGACCAAAAUUUCUCACAAAUAUUAUGAUAUGCACCUUUUAAGUUAUUUUGGAACUAACGUUUUCACUAUAAAAUUUUCUUUUUUGUUCUUUCACCAUAUUUAUGUUGAAAACAUUGACGAAUAUGAAUUUGAUUCUAUCCUUAUAUUAUUGAAUUAGUCUUAUGAUAUCCUAACCAUACAUCAAUGAUUCAGAUGGUUUUAAAAAAAGAAUUCAAUAAUUUAAGUUUUCAUUCCCCAAAUACUGAUUUCACAUCACGCAAAUAAAAAUUUUCCUCAUACCUCUCUCAUUCACCAUAUUGCUAAAUCAUAGAAUUUCCAAUAGACCUUAUGUAUGUGACGACACAGUUUCAUAGUGUCCUAUCUCAGAGGGUAUACCCAGUAAGCGAAGUUUUAAGAGAUGAAUCAGCUGCAGAUGACCAAUGCACAUAAGGCACUGUGAUAACGUCAAUGCAUAGAGUCUUUUCUGCUGUCACACCCCUUAUAUUGCAUCAGAUCAUGUAAUGUGAAAUUUUGUUUCAUUGCCGAGGGACAAGUAUAACUGGUGUGUUGGCUCAGCUGGUAGAGAGUCUGUCUCAAAAAGUGAGGUUCGGAGUUCAAACCCCGGCCGCAUCAGACCAAAAAUUGGGAGUUGCUGCUACCCUGUUUAGCGCUCAACGAUUUAAGGUAUGGAGAAACAUCGAUCUGGCUCUGCUGAGUGCCUGCCAGACCCACGAUCGAUUGGGCAAAAUUAAUUUUCGGAGUAUUUCUAUUUAUUAUAUCUUUUUCUAACAUAAAGAAACUAUGGAUUUUCCUUUUUAGGCAGCGUUCGAACCCGAGUUUCGUGAAUACAGGACCAGUUAAUUGUCCGCUCGAUCUCAGUAAUUUAACUCAGAAGAAAUGGGAGAGGGGAGAGAGAGGGGGAGUUGAUGUAUAAGAAAGGGAGUGAAGAGAAGAAAGGCAGGAGAGGGUAAGAUACAGAGAAGGGAUAAAAGAGAGGGGGAGUUUGGUCUAGAUCUAGACGUUCAGAAAACCAUGUCUUCAUUCAUUGCAUAAUUAUAGUAUGCUUACCAAUAUACCAGUCCUCUCUAUUUUCGCCUUCUCUUAUGGAGACUUGGGAUGAGCAGAGAUUAGUAGGAGGUACAAACUCGAAGGAUGAGAGUGAGACUUGACAAGAGUAACACCUGACAAAAAGAUGUAGGGAGGGCAGUGGAAUAGUCGAUAUGAAUAAAUCUAGUAUCGGGUGUAAAAAAAAUCUGAAAAGAAGAGGUUUCGAAGGAUAAAGAUAGAAAGAAGAUAAUGCAAAGGGGAAUGAGCAUGAGUUGAAGGAAAGCUUCAGGCAUGAGAAUGCUAGUAGAGAGAGCGAGAGAGAGAGGAGAGAUAAAAGUGGAGGGGGUAUAAAACAACAGAGCAGAAGUUUGGUUAGCCAAGCAAAAUAUGGAAUAUUUCGAACGACGAAAAAAGAAAGAGAGUAGUUUGUUUCACGAUUAAUAUUUCGAUUAACAAUAUAAAAGGUUUAAGCACUGAUACCCUUCAAGAUCCGUACGUUCCUCCUCUUCCAGUUCUCUCUUUAUCCUCAAAGUUUCCACAACCUGAGGAGAAAGAUCAUUUGUUCGCUGCUCAUCUUCCAAGUUCUGGAAUAGCCUCCCUGGAAACAUUUUAACAGUGCUUGACCGUAAAACAUUUCUCUUCAUUUCUGUUUAUUUUCCCCAAAAGCGCCUUGAGCACACUACAGCGUGGAUUUGGCGCGAUAUAAGUCUAAUUA